GUUUUAAGACCUGGUCUAGCAACAAAGUAGAAUCAUAAGCACACUCCCUUGUCACAACUAAAGAGGGGAGCGGCAGGCCCUUGAUAAGACGCCUUUGCUUUAGCGCACCCAACCGUCCUGGUUGAAAGGUCGACCCACUCUAUCUUUAAUGGAAUGUCGUCUUUGGCUUUACGGAAUGAGACUGAACUGAUCUCAUAUCUUCAUCUGAUUCAAUUAGCUCAUCCGAAAGGAAGAACAAUUAACCCACCUAUAUCCAUGUGAUUAGGAGACUUAAAGGCAACUCGAGUCAAACGAGAGGAGACGUCCCCAGUGAUCACGAUUCAAUUUGUUAAUGAACCAGAUUUUUUUGGGAAGAAAAGAAACUGGUCAAAGCAGUCCGGGCUGAUCUAUGCACAGUGGAUUCAUCUAGGGGUCUAUAUGCACGUGUGUGUGUGGAGGUAGAUUUCAAAUUCAAAAAGAGUUCCCAGUUUUGUCUUAAUGAUGACAUCCAGAGGGUCGAAUACGAAGGCUUGCAUCUUAUAUGUUUUUGAGUGUGGGGAAUAUGGCCACCGGAUAGAGCUUUGUCCGAAGCAAAACCAGACUGAUGUAGAAAACUCACCGGCGGCGAAGGAGGUUCUCCCAAACCCGGAUCCGCAAGUCGGGUCGGAAUAAAGGCCUUUCGGACCUUGGAUGCUACCUCCCAACAGACGUCGCAAGAGGACCACGUGGUCAGCCUAAGAAUCAGGGACCACAAGAUAGCAAAUACCCAAAAGGAGAAGGAAGGAUGUUAACAAACCCAGAAAGGUCGUAUCGGUCAGGGAGCCAGAAGCGAGAUGCGUGCGCACGGGUGAGAAAUCAGCCGUAUUUCAGCCUAGUGGAAAGAAGACACUCAGUGCUAGCAGGAGUACUUUCUCGGAUACGAUCCCUUUUUAUAGGUUUGCUGCCCUGCGACACGUGGCAGAAGAGGACUCAAGGACACAUGCCAGAUCUUUGGGUCGGUAUUUCUUCCUUAAGAUCUCAACCAACCACCCUUUGGUGGUUUUCCACGACCGAACCAUAGGUCAUGAGGCAUUCAAAAUUUGACAUGCAUCGAGGUCAAUCUUUGCACCUUAGAUGUGAUGAGACUAUUUAUUUUCAAAGCGACCCGUUGAACCCAAAGCCCAGAGCGAACGACCUUGACAAAGGUCCCAUAAAGACCCUUUUUUGGGGGUCUUGUUUCAAGGUCUUAUUCCUUCCAUAGGAGGACACCUUGGUUCCAAGAUCUCUAUGUCUUUAAUGCCCCUUGGGACGUUGAAAGGAGUGAGUACUUGGAGGACUUUGGGGUCGGCCGGCCUCUGUACUAAAUCAUAUUUCGGAUUACGGGGAACUCCCUAUCUCCUACGCCUCUCAGUCAAAAGAGUGCGGGUUCCCAUCCCGAAUCUCCUUAGCUUAGUUGAAAGUGAAAAACCUCUCUCUAUCGCCCUUCCUUCUUUU